GUUGUUUUUAGUAAAAAUUGCAUGUGUACAUUUUUGAUUUCACAAUUCACAGCACAAACAGCUGAUUUUCGGACCCCCUUUUUCUCGAGUGUGACUACAAUGCUUACAAAACUGCUGUAGAGACAAGUUGUCGUCAUAUCUUUGCUCCAUUUGGUCAUCUUCGUGGUUUUUUUUUUAAGCUCAGCAAUUUGUUAAAAUUGAGUUGAAAUUGGGCUCAUUCUUUUACAGAAAAUGAACGUUCAGAGCAUGGCUGGUUUGUGUGUGGCAGCAGCGGUCGUCUGCAUGUUGAUGUUGGUUCAGACCUCAGAGGCGAAAUUAAAAGACAGAGAAUGUGAAGUGUGUAUUGCUGCCUUGAACAAAAUUGAAAAGACAAUCACAAAAAAACAGCGUGAUGAAGGACGGGACGGCAUUGAAAAAGCAAUAAGGAAAUACUGCAAGACGGCCAAAAAUAAAGAAAAUUCUUUCUGUUAUUACAUUGGUGGGACAUCAGAUGCUGCAACCGGGUCACUCGGGGAGGUCAGCAAGCGGUUAGUCAACUACGUGCCUACUGAGAAAAUCUGCACUCAUUUAAAGAAGCUUGACUCACAAAUAUGCGAGCUGAAAUAUGAGAAACAAAUUGAUUUGGACGCAGUGGACCUGAAGAAACUUAAAGUGAGAGACCUGAAGAAGAUCCUGAAUGACUGGGGAGAGGAAUGCAAGGCUUGCACAGAGAAAUCAGACUUUAUUAAACGUAUUGAGCAUCUUAAGCCAAAGCAUUUCAAGAAAGCAGAGUUAUAGUUCAAAUUAUCUGGGGGUUGGGUUGUAUGGAAGAUGGUAUAUAUUUGUUAAAAGUGUGUGUACAUCAAGUGUAAAUGGAAAUGGUGUCCGUACAUUGAGCCCAGCUGGAGUCAGUACUGUGUUUGUGGACCAUGUAUCCAAACUGGCUGAACUACGUCAGGCUGGUACUCUCAGCUGGUUAAAAUUUGUUCUGUUUAGGAGCCCGACUGGCUUGGUGGUUUCGAUAGAGCAUCCUUCCCAUCUUCCACGGUAAGAUGCAAUAUGAAAGUCUGCAGUUUCUGUUUAUGUUUGCUUUACUAUAGACCUUAUGCACAUGAAGUCAUUUCAGUAGGGCGCCCUCACCUAGAGGUCAAAAGUAGGUUGUUCAUUUUAAUUGGCCAAUCAUGUGCGUCGCGCGCACAAACAUGACAAAUCUAGAUGAUGUCAAUGCAACGGGUCUAUAAUACACAACACAUGCAGUUUAAUGAUUCCAAAUGGUUGGUCAAUUUACACAUUUUAUGGACUGCAGAGUAGGAGGUUAAACUGUUUCGAAAGACUGUCAUAGUUUUUUAACGUACACAGACGAGAUCAAAAGCACUUCAACUCAUAUAAAAUUAACAUGAACAUUUUGGCAAAUUUUAUCCAAGCUGUAUCAUUUUCAAAAUAACAUUCUUUUUUUCUCUGGGGGACAGUGUGCUGGCUGAUACAAAAUGUACAUCAAUUAGCGUAGCAGUUAAUUUGCACACCUAUUGUGCACAACUGUUAUCUUUAUGUUCUUUAUUUAUAACUUCUUUUGUACAUUUAGCACAAAUCGUUUACUCGGGGCUAUAAGGUUGUUAUUGGACCUUCUGGUAAAUUGAGUUUAUUGAUUAAAAGUGGUCUCCAAAUUGAUUAUUGACCAUUUACUUUUGGAUUUUGAAUUGUUGUAAAAAAGUAAAUGCAUUUUGCACUCGGUGACCUUUCAAUUAUAAGUACUGUGAAUAUGAAAUUGCAAUUUACAAUCUUAUAGCACUGAUCUGACAAAAUUAUGUCUACACUUACAGUAUCCCAGUAUCCCCCCCCCCCCUCCAAUGUCAAACUGGUAGAAUUGUUUUGGUUGGAUCAAACAAGCAUUCCACUGUAGACCUUAUCGCAAAUACACGGUUCGGGUGCAGGUGGAAUGAGGUGCAUGCAGGUACACCAGCAUGCACCUCAUUCAACAGUUAGCGUUUGCGCAAAGGGUAUUUGCGAAAAGGUCUUUAUAAUGUGUACUUUAACCAGUCCAUUGGACUGCUUGAACUUUCCAACGUGUGUACAGAGUUGUGUAGGAUAGGUCUUGAAGUUCGGCACAAUCUAUCGGUCCAGAGGAAUGCUCCGGUGGUCAAAUGGAUUGUGUGUGUGUCGGGAUUUCAUUUUUGAAAGGGCCAGGCCAUUUUCAUUUUGCAAAGGGCACUUCCAUUGGAAUAUCUUAAAGUCAAUGGAGAACUUUUGAAGGGCACCAAGGCCAAGAUUAGGGGCACAGAUGCCAUGGCCUCCGUGGCCUGCAUGUCAUUCCACGUCUGGUUUGUGUGCCUAUAAGGGUGUUCUUUUAAGACGCUCUUCUCUUGAUAUUUACUUGAUGCAGUUGGUAUCGGACCUGGGUGUUAAGGGAGUGCUUAUUGUGUCAAUAAGUUUUGUCCUCUGACAGAGACGCUAAUGUGUUUUAGAAACUUUCUACUUUGUUUUCACUUCUUUUUCAAGAAAUAUUACAACUUAAUUGUGGAAGUUUCACUGUAACUUUGCUAAGCCUCAGGUUUUUUCUGGAAACAGUGUUUUGAUGUCAUCGUUGGUGCAUUUUUAUACCAGUUUUAAGUGUUAAAAAGUUGCUUAGUAGCCCAGUAAAUGAACUUGUGUAUUAUUAUUCGUCAUCUUUUUAAAAUUCAAGAGGAAAUCUCAACCGGAAAAUAGGCUUCAGUGACAUUGGUUUUUGUACAAGUGUUCCUCUCGCUCACAAGCAAACUUGUUUGGGUGUUUGUAAAUUAAGGUUGUAUCGGUGGCGUUGAUGUUCCAUUCUUUUAGACUACCGGUACAUGUAUCUGUAUCUAAGUUCUUUUGUAUCCACAUUCUAAGAAAUCUAUCCACUAUUUCCUUAAACAAAAACUGUACUUGUAUUGUUUUUUCUAUCAAUGUAAGAAUAUAUCCAAAAGACGCCAGACUUGAAUGAAUCUCGAAAGUUUAAAAGAAUUUACAAUUUGGUUCUGCAUUUAAUUUAUGAAUAAACUUUUUCAAUUACUAAUAUUUGA